GCGGGAACGCGCGGCGGAGAGGCCUGCGCACCAGGGUGCGGGAGCCAUGCGGCGGGUGAGGAGCGGAGCGGCGGCCAAGCCACGCGGGCAGAAGCGGUCCGGGGCCUCCAGGGCCCCCGCGGCCGCCGCCUCGGCCCCCGGCGCCGACCGCGCACGGAGGCCCGCGGGCCAGGCCGGGGGCGGGAGCCGGGCGGCGGUGAGGCAGCCGACGGCCAAGCGGCGGCCGCAGUCGUCGCCUCGGGCGCAGGAGGCGGGCCCCGGAGAGCCGCCGCCGGAGCCGCCGCUGCCCCCGCCUCCGCCCGCGGCGCCCUCGGCGUCCGAGCUGGACCUGGGCGAGCAGCGGGAGCGCUGGGAGACGUUCCAGAAGCGGCAGAGGCUCAGCUUCGAGGGCGCCGCCAAGCUGCUGCUGGACACCUAUGAAUACCAGGGCCUGGUGAAACACACAGGAGGCUGCCACUGUGGGGCGGUUCGCUUUGAAGUCUGGGCCUCGGCAGACCUGCACAUCUUUGACUGCAAUCUGCUCUUGUCUUUCUGUAGCUGCAGCAUUUGCAAGAAGAAGCAGAACAGACACUUCAUUGUUCCGGCCUCUCGCUUCAAGCUCCUCAAGGGAGCCGAGAGCAUCACCACAUACACCUUCAACACCCACAAGGCGCAGCACACCUUCUGUAAGAGGUGCGGCGUCCAGAGCUUUUAUUCUCCCCGCUCCAACCCUGGAGGCUUCGGGAUCGCCCCCCACUGCCUGGACGAGGGCACCGUGCGCAGCGUGGUGGUCGAGGAGUUCAACGGCAGCGACUGGGAGAAGGCCAUGAAGGAGCACAAGACCAUCAAGAGCAUGUCUAAGGAGUGAGCCCCGCCCCCCCAUGCAGGGGGGCCUGUGGCGCCCCCGUCUCCGCAGUAGGCUCCGGCACCAGUGUCUUCAGGCAGCUCUUGUCCCCCCUCGGCUCAGAUUUUGACAUAGGCUAGCUGACACCCUUCUAUCUCUUCCCAACUUUUGUGUGAUCUUUUAGAAAAAUAAAUAUUUUUAACAUUAAA